CAAUUCUCGGCCGGGGGCAUGGCCCUGGCAGGUGGCUCUCUACAAGGAUGGCAUCUAUCAGUGCGGUGGGACGCUCAUCAGCGACCAGUGGGUCGUGUCUGCCGGACACUGCUUCUUCCAGGUUCAUCAACGACAUCUCGUUGCUGCGGCUGGAGGAGCCGGUGGUGUACAGCGAUUGGGUUCGACCGGUCUGCAUCCCGAACGAAGAUGCCGAGGUCGAGACGGGGAGGAUCUGCACCGUCGUCGGAUGGGGACAACUCUUCGAAGUGGGACGAAUCUUCCGUGAGUUUCUUCUGGCGUUCGCGUUCUCUCGCGGAUGGUUCGGCCUCGUCGACGAAGGGAGUUUUUCGGGAUGGGUUGCAGCGGAUAGCCUGCAGGAGGUGGAGCUCCCGCUGCUGUCGACGAGGGACUGCAGACGACGGACCCUGUUCUUGCCUCUGUAUCGCAUCACGGAUAACAUGUUCUGUGCCGGGUACGAACGAGGAGGCCGGGAUGCUUGCCUCGGUGACAGUGGAGGCCCUCUCAUGUGCCAGGAACCGGACGGUCGAUGGAUAUUGAUGGGUGUAACGAGUAACGGUUACGGUUGCGCCCGACCGUCUCGCCCCGGCGUUUACACCAAAGUUUCUUCAUAUUUGCCUUGGAUUCGACGGAUCUUGGAGGGCUCUCUUCCCCCCGACCUCGAGACUUCUUGCUCGGGACACAGGUGUCCUCUGGGAGAAUGCUUGCCGCUGGAACGGGUCUGCGACGGAGUGUCAGACUGCUCCAAUUCCAGCGACGAGGCGGAAUGUCCGAGGUGAUUGUAUUUAGCCUACUGUCCUCGUUCCCCAAUGCUCAAUCUUUCCUUCCGAUCCCGUCCUUUAUACAAUGUGAUGCUGUGCAUGUAUGGAGCAUCUGGCCCAGAUCUCCGAUCCCCAAGGAUAUUAUAUAAGAAGGCAUUGUUUUUUCCCCCUUCCGACCGACACGGACGUCUCCGGAUGGAGUCGAUCAGCACGCCAUUGUGCGCCAGUACGCUUGUAAGUCAUUUGUUGUUGUUGUCGGUGAGAAUAUCAGUUGACAAGGAAAAUCUCCGCAAUGAUCUGUGAUAUCCACCCAGAAUUUUUCCUUAUUUAUUCGCCCCGUCCUUGUUGUUUUUACGCAUGAAAAUAAAAUUGCCUGCCUG